AUGAACUUCAAAUUUAAAUUUCUUUAUCUCUCAAUACUUCUCUUAUUUAUACCAUCAACGUUUGCUCUUAAAGAUGAUGGAAGCAACAACAUUGAAGCCGUUUUUGAUGCGGCUACAGGGUUUAUGAUACCUCUUAUCAUAUAUUUAUCCUUAAAUCAUGGAAUGAAUAAUUAUUUAUUUUGUUCAUUCAUCAUAUUAGCAAUGGCUGAUAUGGGAUUAACAAUAUUUUUCACUUAUUUUUGUUAUUUUCAUUAUAAUCAUGAUCCAUUUUUUUGGAUUUAUUUUAUAUUUAUUGAACCAAUUUAUAUUAUAAAUUAUCUUAUUAUAUUAAAAGAAAGUGAUCAUUUUAAUAAAUUUUUAUUAAGAAAUAAUAAGAAGGAAGUAAACAAAAUGGAAAAGUGGAUUAAAAAAAAAUUAAUUCCUUUAACAUUAUUUAUUAUAAAUUUGAUAUUUUUGGGUAUCGCUAUACGUAAAGAUUAUGUUGAUUUUAUAAAUGGACUUUUUAUAAUUAUACCAAGUAUAAUUUUAUUCUUGGUUUAUCUUGGUUUCAUCAUUUUUUAUAAUGAAACUAAAAAUGAGAAUAUGGAUAAUGAGAAUAAGAGUAAUGGACUUGCUCAUCUUCGUUUUUUUGUUGAAUUUAUGUGUUCAAUUAUUUUUGUUAUGAUAUCAGGUCCUUCUGUUUUAUGGAUAAAAUGUUAUUUAUCUAUUACUAUAGUUGAAAUGUCUUUAUAUUUAGAAAGAGCAAAACCUGAUUCAAUAUUACGUUAUAGAUUAAAUAAUCUUGAUCAAUGUAAAGAUUUAUUAUUAAAUCUUCAUAAUGAUGAUAAUGAAAAAAGUAAAAAUUUUGUAAUAGAAUUACAUGUAGUAGAUCAUAAAAAAGAAGAAAAUGAUAUUUCCUUAAAUAUUAUUGACGUUCAAAAAAUGUAA